UAUUUAUAUAAAUAAAUCUCCGGUUUGGUAUUCGGUGCGUGUAAUGAAAGUUAUUUUUAACAUUUGAUCAUUUGAGUGUUCUCUUAGCGGCAUUGGAACGAAUCGUGUGUAAUUUGAGUUAGUGUCGACGCGUGAAUCAUAAUCUCCGAUUUCGUAAAAACCAAAAUGGGAAAAAAGUCACAGAAAAAGGACAACAAAAAGGAAAAUUCCAAGCAAUUGCCCGUAUUGAAACGGGUUGAGUUGAAUCAAUUGCUGGACAAUCUACUCAAAUUGGGCUUUUCCACCACAAAUUCAUUGACCGAACAAUGGAACGAAUUCGUUGAAAUGAAAACUCUGAUUAGCCAAAUCCAAGUCAUUGAAUCGGAAUUGAAAGUGAAAAACAGUGGAAAAACUAGACUGGCAUGCAUCGAAAAAUUUGUUGAAUGGGCGAAAACGAAUGGUGCUGAAUUCGAUGGCAUUGACAUUGCCGAAUUUCCCAAUUACGAGCUCGGUCUGGCUGCUACCAAAGAUUUUAAGCAAAACGAUUUACUGAUAACAAUUCCACGGAAAAUGAUUAUGUCCCUGGACAAUGUCAGUGCAACAGUUUUACCGAUGAUGUCGUCGCCGAUCAUCGAAUCAAUGUCAAAUGUUAAAUUUGCAUUCUGGUUGAUUGUGGAGAAGCUGAAUCCAGACAGUUUCUGGAAACCGUAUCUGGACAUUUUGCCGGACAAAUACUCGACAGUGAUGAAUUUCAGUGUUGCUGAAAUGCAAGAAUUGAAAGGAUCCAGUGGCCUACCAGCUGCAUUGAAUCAAUGCAAAAACAUUGCCCGACAAUAUGCGUACAUCAAUAAGUUCGUGAAAAACCGGCAAGUGGAUGAUGUUGACCCGGUGUUCGAGAUGUUAAGGGAAAGAUUCACCUACGAUUUGUAUUGUUGGGCAGUUUCUACCGUAAUGACUCGCCAGAAUUCAAUACCCAAAGUGUCUUCAGACAAUAACACCGAAGUGGAAGCACAACCGACACCAGCACUGAUUCCGCUUUGGGACAUGGCCAACCAUACGGAAGGUGUUGUAUCGUCGUCGUUCAAUGACGAAACCGAUCGAAUCGAGAGUGCUGCAUUUAAGGAUUUCCGGAAGGGUGAACAAAUUUUCAUUUAUUACGGAGCCAGAAACAAUACGAACUUCUUGAUCCAUAAUGGGUUCGUGUAUCCGAAUAAUUUAACGGACAGUGUUGCAAUUCGCUUAGGACUUAGCGAUGCCGAUCCCCUUCUGAUCAAGCGAACACAGCUUCUUGAUGCACUGAAAAUUCCGAAAAAUUGUGAAUUGGACGUGCUACCAUCACCAAAAUACAUUUCACCAAAACUUUUAGGAUUCGUCAGAGUGUUCAACAUGGGAGAAGAGCAACUUGAUCAUUGGUUGGCAAGUGAACGUUCCGAUGAUUUACUGUGGACAGACUGUGCCCUAGAAACGGCAUUGGAAAUGAAAAUUUGGACUUUUCUCAAGAUACGCUUGACGAUACUGUUAAAAUCGUUCACCACCACCAUAGCCGAAGAUGAAGCUAUCGUCGACGCACAUAAAAAAGGACAGAAUAAGCUAGGGCACAACAAGAUUUUGGUUAUUCAGUUUCGACUCACCGAAAAACGAAUACUUCAGGAUGCAUUGGAGUAUGUGGAACAAAGGACCAAGCCUUAAAUUACGUUAGAAUUAAGCGAAUAACAAUAUUGCGAGUUGCUUAUCGGAUUGGAGAAAUGCAAGAUUGAAUUCAAAAUUCUAUUUUUGAAAUAAAAACGUCUUUACCUCAACAUAAACUUGGUAUCGACCCGGAA